UUGCCUGAGACCAGCGGGGCGCGUGCCAGCGCCGUUUUUCUUGUCCGCACGAGUCUAUUCUUCUGCAUUCCAUUUCUCUUCCUCUUCUUCCUCAAUCCCCUCUAUUUCUCUCUAGUUGGCAGUGCUAGAUUCCAGCGGCUGUCAUGUAUCGAUUUCUUUCUAGAUCGAAUACCCUGAUAAAAUCCAUCUCCAAACCCUCUCCAAUCCUCCCCAAUCUACCAAGCACCCCUUCUCAUCUUUCCGCCCUCUCGUUCCCAUUACCUGAAUUCUUUUACAAUUGCACGAAUUUACUGAAUUCGAUUGACGGUUGCACUAUCGGCGGACGGAGGACUUUCUGCAGCGGUUCGGGCGGCCGGGAGUCUUUGCAUUACGAUGUUGUCAUCGUCGGAGCUGGGCCAGCUGGGCUAUCGGCGGCCAUACGAUUGAAGCAGCUGUGCUCGGAAAGGAAUAAAGACAUAUCGGUUUGUGUCCUGGAGAAAGGCUCAGAAGUCGGUGCGCAUAUAAUUUCCGGAAAUGUUUUUGAGCCUCGUGCGUUGGAUGAACUUCUACCAAAUUGGAGACAUGAAGGGGCUCCAAUCGAAGUCCCAGUGUCUUCUGACAAGUUUUGGCUGCUGACGAAGAAUAGACAUAUACCGCUUCCCUCUCCCUUUGAUAAUAAAGGGAACUAUGUAAUCAGCUUGAGCCAGCUGGUUCGCUGGAUGGCAGCGAAAGCUGAGGAGUUGGGUGUAGAAAUUUAUCCCGGUUUUGCUGCUAGCGAGAUUCUCUAUGAUGAAAAUAACAGGGUUGUUGGGAUUGGGACUAAUGACAUGGGCAUUGCAAAAGAUGGAUCGAGAAAGGAAACUUUUCAAAGUGGCAUUGAGCUAAGAGGAAGGCUAACAUUUCUUGCUGAAGGAUGUAGAGGUUCAUUAUCAGAGAAAAUAAUAAGAAACUAUAAACUUCGAGAAAAAGGACCAGUGCAACAUCAAACGUAUGCAUUAGGCGUUAAAGAGGUUUGGGAAAUUGAAGAAGAAAAACAUGAGUCUGGUGCUGUGCUGCAUACUAUUGGAUGGCCCUUGGAUAGGAAUACAUAUGGUGGAAGUUUCCUGUACCACAUGAAAGACAGGCAGGUAUCAUUCGGUUUAGUUGUUGCGUUGAAUUAUCGCAAUCCAUACUUGAGCCCUUUUGAUGAGUUUCAGAAAUUCAAGCAUCACCCUUCCAUCAAAUCACUUUUGGAAGGAGGAACUGUUCUUCAGUAUGGUGCCCGCACUCUAAAUGAAGGUGGUUUUCAGUCCAUUCCAUAUCCUGUUUUUCCUGGAGGUGCUAUUAUUGGUUGCUCUGCAGGCUUCAUAAACGUGCCUAAGAUAAAGGGUACACAUACAGCCAUGAAAUCAGGAAUGCUGGCAGCAGAAGCAGGAUUUAAUGUCCUUGUUGAAGAUUCUCAAAUGGAAACAUACUGGGACAGUUUGAAGAAGUCCUGGAUAUGGGAAGAGCUUUACAGAGCUCGAAAUUAUCGCCCGGCAUUUGAAUAUGGUUUAGUUUCUGGUUUAGCCUUCUCUGCUUUGGAGCGGUAUAUAUUCAGGGGAAACUUGCCUUUGACAUUAAAGCAUGGAAAACCUGAUCAUGAAGCAACAGAAAUCACAAGUCUUCACACACCCAUCCCAUAUCCGAAGUCAGAUGGAGUGCUAUCUUUUGACGUGCCAACAUCUCUGUACAGGAGCAACACAAACCAUGAGCAUGACCAGCCUGUCCAUCUCAGAUUGAGGGAUCCAAAUGUUCCUCAACAUGUGAACUUCCCAAAAUUUGCAGGACCUGAGUCGCGGUAUUGCCCUGCUCGUGUGUAUGAGUAUAUUCCUGAUGAGAAGCUUGGUCAGAAGCUCCAAAUCAAUGCUCAAAACUGCCUUCAUUGUAAGGCUUGUGAUAUUAAAGAUCCAAAACAGAAUAUUGAGUGGACAGUGCCCGAAGGAGGUGGUGGUCCAGCCUAUACAAUUAUGUAGAUCUUGCUCUACAUUCUGCUUUCUGAAAUUGCAAUUCCUUCUCCAAUAAAAGCCAUACUAAUCUUAAUAGAAGCAUAAUAGCCAUAAGGAUCUGAAGGUUUACAGACAAAAGGCCGCCUCUAGGCAUUACGGAGAGAGAAUCUUUUAUCAAUUUAGGUUCUGAUUCAGCAUGAUUACUCUGAUCCUUCUUCCUUGUUACAUCAAAUGAAUUAAAAACAAAUAAAAUUCAGUACUAGGAUAAUUUAUAGGUUUCCUUUUUUAAAGAAGUA